AUGUCGCUUGGAGCAACACUCGCUGCUGGAGGCAUGCGGCCUGCCAGCUUCCUGCCCACAAUCAAAUGCUCGAACUGCGGAGACGAGAUUGAGAUAUCGGCUAUGGGAGAGCACCUCUGCGCGAAGUCGCCGCCGUCGCCCAAGUCACAGAAGGCUUCUUUGAGCAACCCAUUCACUUUGCGACAGAUGAACGCAAGCGGCUCGAAGCCUGCGCAGCCCUCGCCGCUACAAUUCGAUACGCCGCCUCAAGGCAGACCUCGAGCACCGACAGCAGGCUCGAGUUCUGCGCCGCCUGGGAGGCUACCACGAGCGCCAUUGCCGAAAAUCAACCCCGACGCUGCAAAUCGACCCUUCCUGGCACCGAUACCACGGCCGGAGUCUCCAAUGUCGCCCGCGCUUAGCUCAAGGUCGGGCAGCAGCAUGGGAGGAAAGCCCGCGGCACCUUUAAGAAGCAUGACGAGUCCUAUGCCUCGACUUUGGGAUCCGAGACCGCCCAGUCCUGAGCUGUCUGCGAACCUCGACUGCGCAUUUCCACCAUUUCCAUUUGGAGACCCACCAGGCAGCCGUCCAGGCUCGAGCAAUGGGCGCAACUCUCCUAGCGAGCGUGGAUCUUCGCGCGCUGGCUCACGACUUGAUGCAAAAUCGCCUGAGCCACCAAUGCCCGAACCGAGAAGUCCAACGCGCAAAGUCAGCGAUAACGUCAUGAACAAAAUGAACACUUUGAAGAGUGGGCCUUUUGACCCAAGCCGAAGACGACCGAGUCGGGAUGAGCGACCACAGCAGGAGAAUCAGCCGUUGGACAGGCGGCGUCCGAGCAUACCAAACAUGCCUUUCAGCGAUCGCCCGUUGCCUAUGCCCUCUGCACCGAAGACGGACAAUUUUGAUUUUGGAAAAAGUGCUGGCAUGCCAUCGGGCCAAAACGCAUCAAAUUCAGCUACUCCAGGCACUGGCGACGUGAGCGGAAGGACAGCGCCUCCGCAGAGACCUACAAGGCCGACAGAUUCGCUCGUAGCAGAUUCUCUGAACAUUGCGACCAUCAAUCCUGGAGCAACGAUGCCAUCUGAAUUUCCAUUGCCACCGAAGCCUCUUCAGAUCGGCGACAGAAGCGAGACGUUCCCAAAUCGCCCGGAAGACAAAGAGGAGGCUGAGCAGCAAAACAGCCUUUCUAGAAUGGCCAGCGAGCCUGCUCUCCGUGGAAGAGCGCCUGCCCGACCACCUUUGCCAGAACCUGCGAACUCUGACCCAUCGCAAGCCUUUCCUUCGCGCAGCACAAGUCGCCCAGGAGUAAAUCGCGUAGACCAUAGGAUGGAAGACGCGCCACCAGUUCCAAAGCCAGUGCAAGAGUUGCACCGGUCGGAUAGCAGACACCGGCCAUCGGGAUCCGACUCUUCGACAGCAUCCUCAGCACGAUCAGUCGAGCAAAACACGAGCAGCCGAGGUGCCAGCCCUGUCACAAGUGCGGCCAGCAGCGUGGACGCCUUCUCGCCUUUGAGCGCCGCACCUGGCCAGUACGGCGAGGAUAGCAGCAUGCGUGUCGCUGGGCUCAAUUUCAAGUCCGCAGAAAAUCCAGGCAUGCGCGCAGAGGGCCCAAACCAGCGGAAGUCGCCUCCUCGCAACUUCGCUCGGCCGGUUGCGCCUAGAUCGGGCAUUGAGACGCCUAUGGAGUCCCCUGUUCUGCCAGUAGGAAGCAACUGGCCCUUGGAUUCCCCUACGGAUCCUGGCCUGCAGAAUGGCGUGCGUGGGAAUGCGCCUGAACAGAGCGCGCCUCCAAACUUUGGCCAGCCCCAACCGCCGAGAAGUCUAAAGCCUGGGUCUGGUCUGUCACCCGCCGACUUCUUGAGUGACGACUACGAUCCAUACAGACCAGUGUCUCCGCGCACGGAGACGCCGCCUCCACCACCUCAGCAAGCACCACCUCAUACACGCGCCAGGUCCAGGACCACCAACCAGGCUCCUUCUCGACCUCUGUCACCACCCACGGCAGCCCCUCCACGCUCACGAACACCACAGCUCAGCCGAGCUCAGACCUUCGAUCAAUCAAGACCUGUCUCUCCAGCCACCUCAACAUCCUCUCACUCACGACCACCCCCACUCACCCGCGCCCAAACCUUCGGCCCAUCGGCUCCCUCGCUGCCCUUCCAACCCCCACCAAUCCCGCAACAACCUGCCCGCGCCCCGCUGAACCGCCGCCCGACCGUCUCUGGCGUCAAACCCACCUGCCGCGGCUGCUCCCUGCCCAUCGAAGGCAAAUCCGUCAAAGCCGCCGACGGCCGCCUAACAGGUCGCUGGCACAAACAGUGCUUCGUCUGCAAGACCUGCGCGCAGCCCUUCGCGUCCGCGGACUUCUACGUCCACGCCAACCACCCGUACUGCGAGCAGCACUACCACGAGAUCAACGGCUCAACCUGCGCGGGCUGUAGACGAGGCAUCGAGGGCCAGUAUCUCGAGACCACCAGUUCAGGCGGUCCGGGCGGGCAAGGAGUGGAGCGGAAGUAUCACCCCAGAUGUUUUACUUGCGCGAGUUGUCGUGGGGUGUUGAGUGAAGAUUACUUUGAGAUCGGCGGGAGGGUGUUUUGUGAACGACAUGCGCUGGCGGCGAUGCGGGCGCAGCCGAAGCAGGGGGUUGCGCCGGGACAGGCAGGACGGUUGGGUGUGGGACCGCACGGGGCGAGUUCGUUGAGUGGGUUGAAGGCGGAGAGGAGGACUACUAAGCUGAUGAUGAUGGGUUGA